CUGCAACUCGAUAAAAAAAUCGGAUCCAUGUGCGGACCUCAGUAGUUUUGGUUUUGAUCGAUCAUCCAUAAAGGGAUCGAUCAUUGUAAUUCUUCACCGCAUUUUUGAAAAUUGUAAUUUAGUAUGAUUAAUUACUGUUCACUAUUCCCCUAUUUAUGUCAUUUAUGACUCUGUGUGUGAUCAGUGCUCCGGAAAAAAUGUUCAAAACACUUUGAGUUGAAAAAUAACCUGAAUCGUCGGUAUCAUCAAAGUUAUUGUCAAUCCCGAAAUAUCUUCAACCUCAAAAAAUGCCGGAGAGUUCUCAAAAUCACGAAAUAUCACGAUGUACCUUCACUCACUGAAAUCAAAAUUGACGUUUGCACUGGGAUUUAUCAUCGGUUUCAUUCCAUUCAUCCUGUACAUUAUAAAAAACGAUCAUGAUUUUAAAAAUUGGAAGAAACCCCAGUCCUUCAUCCUCUGGAGACACGAAAGACCUUCAUUUUCUUAUGAAUCAUGGCUCCGAGGUCACCACGUAGAGACUCACAAGAUCGAUUUGGACGCCAAGUAUGGGCCCCCAUCACCGAAUCAAGAAGCAUCAAAGACCUCGGAAUCCCAGUGGCUCAGGUCAAAAGUUCACAUAACGUGUGUCGUCUUCGUGGAAAAAAUACGACUGGCCCAGUCGAUAAAACUGACGUGGGGUCCACGUUGCAACAAAAUCUACUUCUUCAGUCAGAAUUCAGAGAACCCUGAGAUACCAGUCAUAAAAUUUCCAAUGAAGCUGUCAUCUUCCUGGCAAUUGUUAUGUGAAUCAAUGAACUUCGUCUGGAAGAAAUCGAUAGAUUCGGCUGCACCGGAAGGAUCAGAACCUUUAGAAUGGAUAAUAUUUAUCAAGGAUGACACAAUGGUCCUACCAGAGAAUUUGAGGUACUUAUUAGCACCUCUAGACUACAAUCAGGAUUAUUACCUGGGUCAUGGAGUCGUCCUUUGGUCACAGUCGUAUAACGUUGCUCAGGCUGGCUAUGUCCUGAGUAGUGGAGCCUUCAAGAAGAUCGUCAAAACGUUCGAUACCUCUGAGAAAUGUAUGAGAGGUGGUAAAUACUGGAAGAAAGAGGAUUAUUACCUGGGAAAGCAUCUGGCAGAGUUCAACAUUCAUCCAGCAGACACGAGAGAUGAUGAGCUGAGGGGAACAUUCCAUGGAUAUUCACUCCAGACUCUUCUCUGGGGCGUUGCCAAACCAGGAAAUUACUUUACGAGGGCUUUGUAUCCCCCAGGACCCCAGUGCUGCUCUUCACAUUCCGUCACCUUCAGCAUUUCUGAGUUUGAUAAGCUUCACACUGUUAACUACAUGUUGUAUCAUUUAAAUGUUUAUGAGCAAGAUGGAUAUUAUGGAAACAAAGCUGCACCUACACCUGUACCUGAGGAGAAAGUUUGGAAAUUAGCUCUGAGAGAGGAGUUCAAUAUAACGGAUGUUGGGGAUAUUUCAAACGAAGAAUUUUACAAAAUUUGGAGAUCAAAAUAUUCGGAUCCAUCGCAGUUUAUUGAGAAGAGCUAUGAGAAUAUGACACAUGUGCUUCAGUCGAUUAUUACGGCCUAUGAAAAUGAUAGACGAAUGAUCAAAAAUCUUCCAUAAUUCGUCAGAUUUUUGGGGAAAAUGUUGGGGAGAAAUUUCUUUUUGGGCAGAUUCUGUUAACUCUUUGAUAGACAAAAGUCAGUAAAUUGAUGUUUUUCAUUAAAAAAAUUUUUCUGCAGCUCUCAGCCAUUAUUUGUUUAAAGAUUGUUAGUUAGAAACUUAACAGUAUUAAUUUAUGCAGAGAUCGAUCAAGUAAUUUGCUAUAACUAUUAUUAAGUAUUUCAGUUAUUAUUCACGAUUUUGACAUUGUUGACAUUAUUUUAUUUUUGAGAAGAUUUAAAUGUAUUGUAAAGAUCCGUCCAGGAGUCGAAUCUCGCUGCAUUUUGAUGCAGAUAUUUUGUAAAUAUGUUAUCGCUCACUAAUUGGAACUAAAUAUACUGCUUAAAGUUUUUAAACGA